CAGAGAUUUCAGUAUAAAACAAGAGCUCCCAGUUCACUCUGAAGUUCAGGACUGACCAGCUUCCUGAAAAGUAUCCACACACCAAGUGCAUCACUGAAAAACAAACAAGUGGAGCCAUGAGUUUGGAACCGGAGAUGGAGUGUUUUGGCCCGGCGGCCAUAUACCUCCGGAAACCAGAAAGGGAGAGGAUCGAGGCUCAGAACACUCCCUUUGAUGCCAAAACAGCUUACUUUGUAUCAGAGCCUGCUGAGAUGUAUUUGAAGGGUAAACUAGUGAAGAAGGAGGGUGGCAAAGCCACGGUAGAAGUUCAGGGUGGAAAGAGCUACACUGUAAAGGAAGAUGAAAUCUUCCCUAUGAACCCUCCAAAGUUCGACAAGAUUGAAGACAUGGCCAUGAUGACCCACCUCAGUGAGCCCUCUGUACUGUAUAACCUCAAAGAGCGAUAUGCAGCAUGGAUGAUCUACACCUAUUCUGGGUUGUUCUGCGUCACUGUGAACCCCUACAAGUGGCUGCCAGUGUACGAUGCAAUGGUUGUUGCAGGAUACAGAGGGAAGAAGAGAAUUGAGGCUCCUCCCCACAUCUUCUCCAUCUCUGAUAACGCUUAUCAGUUCAUGCUCCAAGACCGUGAGAAUCAGUCGAUCCUGAUUACCGGAGAAUCUGGUGCAGGAAAGACUGUGAACACCAAACGUGUCAUCCAGUACUUUGCGACAAUCGCAGUAGCUGGUGGAAAGAAAUUUGAGCCAAUUCCUGGAAAAAUGCAGGGGUCGCUGGAAGAUCAAAUCAUUGCAGCCAACCCCCUGCUGGAGGCCUAUGGUAAUGCCAAGACAGUGAGAAAUGACAACUCAUCUCGCUUUGGUAAAUUCAUCAGAAUCCAUUUCGGAACAACUGGAAAGCUGGCUUCAGCUGAUAUUGAAACAUAUCUGCUGGAGAAGUCUCGUGUGACAUUCCAGCUGUCUGCUGAGAGAAGUUAUCACAUCUUCUACCAGCUCGCAACAGGCCACAAACCUGAGCUAAUUGAGAGUCUCCUCAUCACCACCAACCCUUAUGACUUUCCUAUGAUAAGUCAGGGAGAAAUCACUGUCAAAAGUAUCAAUGACGUUGAAGAAUUCAUCGCCACUGAUACUGCCAUCGACAUCCUGGGUUUCACUGCAGAUGAAAAAGCUAACAUUUACAAACUAACAGGAGCUGUGAUGCAUCACGGAAACAUGAAGUUCAAGCAGAAGCAGCGGGAAGAGCAGGCUGAACCUGAUGGCACUGAGGUGGCCGAUAAAAUCGCCUACCUCAUGGGCCUGAACUCUGCUGACAUGCUCAAAGCUUUGUGUUACCCCCGAGUGAAGGUCGGGAAUGAAAUGGUGGUCAAAGGUCAAACUGUGCCACAGGUCAACAAUGCAGUGAGUGCUCUCUGCAAGUCUGUCUAUGAGAAGAUGUUCUUAUGGAUGGUUGUCAGAAUCAACGAGAUGUUGGACACCAGGCAGCCAAGGAGCUACUUUAUCGGUGUCUUGGACAUCGCUGGUUUUGAAAUCUUUGAUUUCAACAGCUUGGAACAGCUGUGCAUCAACUUCACCAAUGAAAAACUGCAGCAGUUCUUCAACCAUCACAUGUUCGUCCUGGAGCAAGAAGAGUACAAGAAGGAGGGAAUUGAAUGGGAGUUCAUUGACUUUGGCAUGGACUUGGCUGCGUGCAUUGAGCUCAUUGAGAAGCCUCUAGGCAUCUUCUCCAUGCUUGAAGAGGAGUGUAUUGUUCCCAAGGCAACAGACAUGACCUUCAAGAGCAAACUGUAUGACCAACAUCUGGGAAAAAGUGCUCCCUUCCAGAAACCAAAACCAGCCAAAGGCAAAGCUGAGGCUCAUUUCUCUCUGGUGCACUAUGCUGGCACUGUGGACUACAAUGUUCUUGGCUGGUUAGACAAGAACAAGGACCCCCUGAAUGACUCUGUGGUACAGCUUUACCAGAAGUCUUCAUCGAAGCUGCUGACUCACCUCUAUGCUUCCCAUGCAGGAGCAGAUGAUGCCAAAGGGGGGAAGAAAGGUGGAGGCAAGAAGAAGGGAGGUUCCUUCCAAACUGUUUCAGCUCUCUUCAGGGAAAACCUUGGGAAGUUGAUGACCAACUUGAGGAGCACCCAUCCACAUUUCGUGCGUUGUCUCAUUCCUAAUGAAUCCAAAACCCCAGGUCUGAUGGAAAACUUCUUGGUUAUCCACCAACUGAGGUGUAAUGGUGUGCUGGAAGGCAUCAGGAUCUGCAGGAAAGGUUUCCCCAGCAGGAUCAUCUAUGGUGACUUCAAGCAGAGGUACAAAGUACUGAACGCUAGUGUUAUUCCUGAAGGCCAAUUCAUUGACAACAAGAAGGCCUCUGAGAAACUCCUGGGAUCCAUCAAUAUUGACCACACUCAGUAUAGGUUUGGCCACACCAAGGUGUUCUUUAAGGCUGGACUGCUGGGUACACUGGAGGAGAUGAGGGAUGAGAAACUGGUUGAACUGGUCACAAUGACUCAGGCUCUCUGCAGAGGUUACGUGAUGAGGCGGGAAUUCGUAAAGAUGAUGGAAAGAAGGGAAGCCAUUUACUCCAUCCAGUACAAUAUCCGUUCAUUCAUGAACGUCAAGACUUGGCCAUGGAUGAAGCUGUACUUCAAGAUCAAACCUCUGCUCAAGAGUGCAGAGACAGAGAAGGAGAUGGCCCAAAUGAAAGAAGACUUUGCCAAGACCAAAGAGGAGCUGGCAAAGGCUUUGGCUAAGAAGAAAGAACUGGAGGAGAAGAUGGUUUCUCUCCUUCAGGAAAAGAAUGACCUGCAGCUGCAGAUUCAGUCGGAGGGCGAAACCCUGGCUGAUGCAGAGGAAAGGUGUGAGGGGCUCAUCAAAGCGAAAAUCCAGCUUGAAGCCAAACUCAAAGAGACCAACGAGAGACUGGAGGAUGAAGAAGAGAUCAAUGCUGAGCUGACAGCAAAGAAGAGAAAACUCGAGGACGAAUGCUCUGAGUUGAAGAAGGACAUUGAUGACUUGGAGUUGACUCUGGCUAAAGUGGAAAAGGAGAAACAUGCCACUGAAAACAAGGUUAAAAACCUGGUUGAGGAAAUGGCUUCUCAAGAUGAAACCAUUGCUAAGCUGUCAAAGGAGAAAAAAGCCCUACAAGAGGCCCAUCAGCAGAUCCUGGAUGAUCUGCAGGCAGAGGAAGACAAAGUCAACACUCUGACCAAAGCCAAGACAAAAUUGGAGCAGCAAGUGGACGAUCUUGAAGGUUCCCUGGAGCAGGAAAAGAAACUCCGUAUGGAUCUUGAGCGAGCAAAAAGGAAGCUGGAAGGAGAUCUGAAACUGGCUCAAGAAACCAUAAUGGAUCUGGAGAAUGACAAGCAGCAGUCUGAAGAGAAGAUAAAGAAGAGGGACUUUGAAAUAAGUCAGCUUCUCAGCAAGAUAGAGGAUGAACAAACCAUCGGUUCUCAGCUUCAUAAGAAGAUCAAGGAACUACAGGCUCGUAUUGAGGAGCUGGAAGAGGAGAUUGAGGCUGAGCGAGCUGCUCGGGCCAAAGUGGAGAAGCAGAGGGCCGAUCUCUCCAGGGAACUUGAGGAGAUCAGUGAGAGGCUUGAGGAAGCUGGAGGUGCCACAUCUGUUCAGAUUGAGAUGAACAAAAAGCGCGAGGCUGAGUUCCAGAAGCUGCGCCGUGACCUUGAAGAGGCCACGCUGCAGCAUGAGGCCACGGCCGCAUCUCUCCGUAAGAAGCAGGCCGACAGCGUGGCGGAGCUGGGAGAGCAGAUUGAUAACCUCCAGAGAGUCAAACAGAAGCUGGAGAAAGAGAAAAGUGAAUACAAGAUGGAGAUCGAUGACCUCUCCAGCAACAUGGAGGCCACUGCAAAAGCAAAGGCUAACAUGGAGAAGUUGUGCCGCUCUCUUGAGGAUCAAUUGAGUGAGGUGAAGACCAAGAAUGACGAGCAUAUUCGUCAACUUAAUGAAAUUAAUUCUCAUAAAGCUAAACUGGUGUCUGAGAAUGGUGAAAUCAGUCGUCAGCUGGAGGAAAAGGAAUCUCUUGUUUCCCAGCUUACUAGAGGAAAACAAGCCUUUAUGCAUCAGAUUGAGGAGCUCAAAAGACACCUUGAGGAAGAGGUUAAGGCCAAGAAUGCUCUGGCUCAUGCGGUUCAGUCGGCUCGUCAUGACUGUGAUCUGCUCAGAGAGCAGUAUGAAGAGGAGCAGGAGGCCAAAGCUGAGCUGCAGCGCGCUAUGUCCAAGGCUAACAGCGAGGUGGCUCAGUGGAGAACCAAGUAUGAGACUGAUGCCAUUCAGCGCACUGAGGAGCUGGAAGAGGCCAAGAAGAAGCUCGCCCAGCGUCUUCAGGAUGCAGAAGAGUCCAUUGAGGCUGUGAAUGCAAAAUGCGCCUCACUGGAAAAGACCAAGCAGAGGCUGCAGGGUGAGGUGGAGGACCUGAUGAUCGACGUGGAGAGAGCUAAUGCUCUGGCUGCAAAUCUUGACAAGAAGCAGAGGAACUUUGACAAGGUUCUUGCAGAGUGGAAGCAGAAGUAUGAGGAGAGCCAGGCUGAGCUGGAAGGAGCUCAAAAGGAAGCUCGUUCUUUGAACACAGAGAUGUUCAAAAUGAAAAACUCCUAUGAAGAAGCUCUGGACCAUCUGGAGACUCUGAAGAGGGAGAACAAGAACCUGCAACAGGAAAUAAGUGAUUUGACCGAACAUAUUAGUGAAACGGGAAAGACCAUUCAUGAAUUGGAGAAGGGCAAGAAAACAGCAGAGAAUGAGAAAGUAGAAAUCCAAACAGCCCUGGAGGAAGCUGAGGCCACCCUGGAGCAUGAGGAGUCUAAGAUUCUCCGUGUCCAGCUGGAGCUUACCCAAGUCAAGAGUGAAGUUGACAGAAAAAUUGCAGAAAAGGAUGAAGAGAUCGAGCAGAUCAAGAGGAACAGCCAGAGGGUGAUGGAGUCCAUGCAGAGUACUCUGGAUGCUGAGGUCAGGAGCAGGAACGACGCCCUGAGAAUCAAGAAGAAGAUGGAGGGAGAUCUCAAUGAGAUGGAGAUACAACUGAGCCACGCCAACCGGCAGGCGGCAGAAGCCCAGAAGCAGCUGAGAAACGUUCAGGGACAGCUUAAGGAUGCACAACUGCACCUUGACGAGGCUGUUCGAGCACAAGAUGACAUGAGAGAGCAGGUUGCGAUGGUGGAGCGCAGAAACACCCUGAUGGUUGCUGAGAUCGAGGAGCUCAGAGCUGCUCUGGAGCAAACGGAGAGAAGCCGCAAAGUGGCUGAACAGGAGCUGGUGGAUGCUAGUGAGCGUGUUACCCUGCUGCACUCUCAGAAUACCAGCCUUAUCAACACCAAGAAGAAGCUGGAGGCCGACUUUGUCCAGGUUCAAGGUGAAGUGGAGGAUGCCAUUCAGGAGGCGAGAAAUGCUGAAGAGAAGGCCAAGAAGGCCAUCACUGAUGCAGCCAUGAUGGCAGAGGAGCUGAAGAAGGAGCAGGACACCAGUGCUCAUUUAGAGAGGAUGAAGAAAAACCUGGAGGUCACAGUGAAGGACCUGCAGCACCGUCUGGAGGAGGCUGAGAAUCUGGCUCUGAAGGGAGGCAAGAAGCAGCUCCAGAAACUGGAAGCUAGGGUUCGUGAGCUGGAGGGGGAGGUUGAGGCUGAGCAGAGACGCGGAGCUGAAGCCAUCAAAGGUGUCCGCAAGUAUGAACGCAGAGUAAAGGAGCUCACCUAUCAGACUGAGGAGGACAAGAAGAACAUCGCCCGUCUUCAGGAUCUGGUGGACAAGCUGCAGCUCAAAGUGAAAUCCUACAAGCGUCAAUCUGAGGACGCUGAGGAGCAGGCCAACGCUCAUCUGUCCAGGUACAGGAAGGUCCAGCAUGAGCUGGAGGAGGCCCAGGAGCGAGCUGACAUCGCUGAGUCACAGGUCAACAAGCUGCGGGCCAAGAGCCGCGAAAUGGGCAGGGGAAAGGAGGCUGAAGAGUGAACAUGAAACCGAUUGAAACACAAAUCAAGAAAUCAUAAAAUAUGAUGUUUUUGUCUGAUGUGUCAAUUGUGAAAAAGAAAUAAACGAGCAAGCAAUAACA